GCCAAAGGAAUGCCGACCAGCUAAUUCUUCCGAUGUAUCGUUUUAUUCGUUAUUUGAAAGUGUUAUUCGACUAAGAAUUUCGCCCAUCGUUGCGUAUUUGCAGAUCGACUUCCGCCCAAGAAUGCGUAAAGCACAAAGACUGGUUCUUACGUCGCGGCGAGUUUCACUGAUUUUCUCAACUGCAUCGUUUCUUGUUCGGACGCCGAGAAAAGCCUGUGCUCGCCACUUUUCAACGCCUAUAAUUAACGGUACCUGGUGCCCGUGCAAGAAGAGCACGAGCUCUUCGAAAACACUCCUGUUCUCGGCACACUCUAUACAAAUUAGGUGGACCGCUUCUGCGAGACGCUUGGGACACGUUUCAAACGGUAGGACCACCCACGCUACACAAAUCGAAACCAGCAUACAGAAUCACGUCAAGUAAUCUCGAACAAAAGAUGACGAUCAUGCAAGAAAGCAAAGAAAAGUGGACGAGUGGACUCAUCGAGGUCGACGAUCGAGGUCGACAUUUAGGCUAGCGGUGACGUCUAAUCGCGGUGUAUGGUGGAUGAGAGGCCGGUACCGUUGUCCUCUCAUAAGGGUCAUAUCCUGGAGGGGGACUGAGAGAUCAGGCCACCGUCGAAGCGAGGCAUGCCUGUGAUAGUAGACUUUAAUAUCCUCGUGGCUGAUAUCAAUUCGAUAAACGUGGAGGACAUGGACUUCAGAGUGGACAUGUUCGUGCGCGAGAGCUGGAUAGAGUCUCGUCUAGACAUGCCUGACGAUAUCUUCGAGGAGGGUGACGAUUACGUGACCUUGCCACCUGACUUCUUCGACAGUUUAUGGCAGCCUGAUCUUUACUUUUUAAACGCCAAAAUUUCCGAAAUCGCCGCGUUGAACCACAAAUUCUCGUCGGUGACCCUGUACAGAAACAAAACCGUGAAAUACUCGGCACGAAUGCACGCAAUUAUCGCCUGUCAAAUGGAGUUUCAGCUGUACCCGAUGGACAUACAAAUAUGUCCGAUCUACAUAGAAAGCUUUUCCUAUCACAUACAGAAGUUACGCUUGCGAUGGGGCGGAGAUGGUGUCACGGUGAACCCGGAACUGAAGCUGUUGCAGUAUGACAUCGGGAAACCCGUGGUUGCUGAGGAAACGGUCGACUACGUGUUCGAGAAGAGCGGGAACUUCUCGCGCUUGGUGGUCUACAUCCGCUUCGAGAGGCAAAUCGGCCAUCACUUGAUACAAACAUUCGCUCCCUCGACGCUGGUUGUGAUGCUCUCUUGGUUCAGCUUCUGGUUAGGCCUGGACGCCAUCCCUGGUCGGGUGGCCUUGUUGGUGACCAGCAUGCUCACCCUAGUCACGAUGUUCACUGGUCUUAAAAGCGACAUUCCGCCAGUCGCGUACGUGAAAGCACUGGAUGUGUGGAUGGCGGGUUGCAUGAUGUUCGUGUUCGCUGCGCUCGGCGAAUUCGUAGUGGUCAAGGUGCUCGACUUGCGAUACCAACUGGAGUACGACCUUCAGGCAUCGCUAAUAUCCAGGCUCUAUCCAACACGGAUUAUCGCUAUGGAUAAAGGUCAAAGCAUCUGGGACUACGACUCGACGUAUGUACCGAAAGUGAAAAAGAAAAGAGCCGGUAGCAAGCAUCUCUUGCAGCCCGCUUGGCUGGAUCCUGAGUGCCAGAUGUUACGCGUGUACAAGCCACAUUCUCAAAAGAUUGACACUUACAGUAGAAUGGGAUUUCCCGCACUUUUUAUGCUGUUUAUGAUUUUGUACUGGCCGAUAUUGUUGCUGAAGAAAGCGGCAUAGAAAUGUAUACUCUAUAUUUAGGUGAAAACGUGUAAAUUAUUAAGAGGAGUAGUUAAAUUCGUCUAAAAUACUGAAUAGAACAAACAUUCCUAAAGAAUAUUUAAUAAAUUUAUUACAAAAAUCUUAUACAUAAUCC